AUGAAGCCAGUGGACCACAAGCUGUACCAGCUGGUCCAGGAGUUUGGUUCAAGGAACUGGUCUUCUGUUUCCCUUCACUUUACAGGUCAGAGGUCAGAAGGGGAGUGUCAGCAGCGGUGGAGGCACAUAAAGAAUCCAGAGCCUGUCAAAGGUCCUUGGAAACAGCACGAGGACAAGAAGCUCAUCGAGCUGGUUCACAGGUACGGCGUGAAGCGCUGGUCGGUCAUCGCCAAGCACCUGCAGAGUCGUAACGGGAAGCAGUGCCGCGAGCGUUGGCACAACCACCUGGACCCGAGCGUGAAUAAGAGCAGCUGGACGCUGGAGGACGACCGCAUCAUCUGCCAGGCCCAGAAAGCCAUGGGGAACCGCUGGGCCCACAUCUCCAAAAUGCUGCCCGGCAGGACAGAUAACGCCAUCAAAAACCACUGGAAUGCCACUCUGAAGAGGAAAGUGGAAAAGGAGGGUUACCUGCAGGACCUGCACAUAUCCAACUCCUCCAACAGCUCCUCCAGCGUGUCCUCUCACACCUCCUCUUCCAUCACGUCCUCAGAGACAGCACCCAUGAUGACCCAUGGCGGCUUCUGUUCUUCUGACAUCACCACUGAGGCAGGCAUCUUGACCAGUUACAGCAAGCAGAGCAAGGAUGGACAACAGCAAGGCCACACCCACCUGCCCACAGUUUGGCUUCCUGCCUAUCCAUCAAACCACGACAUGUCUCUGAGUGUGUGCGACUUGGCGCCAACGGUGGAGCUAACAGAGGGUCUGCCUCUGUGGAGCCACUGCCCCAAGGAACAGGAGCUGACAGUACCGUCCAGCCUGUUCACAGACGACGCCAAUGCAUCAUUUAUGGGUCAGAACAGCGUCCAAGGUAGAGUUGUGAAGGAGCCGCUGCUGGGCAACCAGGACAGCACCUUCCUCCUUGACAGCGCCAUCUUGUGGAGUAACAUGGAUCUUACAGGACCGCUGACCUUCUCACCGUCCAAACUCCUUGACGGCUGCUCAUCAGAUUAUCUUAUGCUUCAGGAGCUGCAGGGUAGCUCCACCCCUGUCUGUUCAGACUCCGCCUACUACAGUCAGGACGUCAGUUAUGCAGCACACACAGAAAACACUCGGAGCCCCACAGACAUGACAGAGAAGAUGACAGUGUUACUGACAGCAGCUCCUCAAACUCCAACACCGCUGAAGAUCAGCAGCCAGGGGGAGGUGUGUCUGAGCAGAGUGAAGACUUUGUCCCUGGAGGAUCAGACUGUGGAUACUUGUAGUCCACAGUCCAACAGCAGCUCUGAGGUGUGGGGGGAGAGCAUUUUGAGCUCUGUGAUUGGCUGUGAGGAGUUUGGCUGCUUCCCUUUGGAUGGACAGAUCCCCGCCUCCUCAACACCGCAGGACGCCCUGCAGAGCCGCCUGCACAGGUUUCAGGCUGGGACACCAGAGACAGCAGGACAACCAGCAGAGGCCCAGCCCAGACCAAGUCCAGCGUCCUGUUAG